AUGCAGAUAAUUCAAUUUGCAACUGAUAACAAAAAUUAUACAUUGUAUUAUAUUGAUUUCCAAUUUUUGUUAAUUUUAUGGAAAUGUCUACGUUCUCAUGUAAUAAUUGUUUUUUUUUUUCAGGGAAUCGCAAUCGAUUUGCAAUUUGUCAUUGGAUCAACUGAAUCAAUCGAAACUGCUUUCAUUUUGAACUCCUCGCCAGAUUUUGAUUUCGCAGCUAUCACUGUCGCUGCUUUGACUGCUACUCAACCAACAUUCUCUCUCAAUGGAGAUUCAAUCACACUUGCUGUCUCUACACAAACUGUCAGUGGAUCAAUCGUUGUUGAUAAAGUUGGUGUUUCUUUCGGAGGAAGUGCAAGUGGUACCACUAAACAUCACAGUGGAAGUGAGACAACAAAAAAACCAUCUGGAAAUGAUGCUGAUCUUCAAACUCUUGUUGACAAAAUGUGGAAUGAAGAUCAAGAUCGUCCAACUGGUAAUCAAGUAACAAUGAACUGGGGAUCCCAUAUUAGUGGAAAAUCUGGAACUAAACAAGCCAAUUUGUUCACAACUGUUGAUGAAACUCUUUUCACCAAGAAACAAUACUCUGACUUGAUCACUACUUAUGACAAAGAUCUUUUUACCGCCGAUGUUUGUACCGCCGAACCAGCAAUGGCCGGAUUCCGUAAACAAUACCUUCAAACUGUUUUCGACACUUUCACAGCCACACCAAUGUUCACUGAUGCUUUCGCUUACUUGCAAUCAAAGAGUGAGUUUUCUUUUCUUUUUUUUAAAUUUAUAUAGAUCUCAUGAGAUUUUUUUCCAGGCGUCAAAGAAACCUCAAGUUUGGAUAACUUCAAGACAAAAGUUUUGUGGCCUUUGUGGUUCGGAACAUACACUCGAUGCAAAGGAGCCCUCGGUAGUUCAGGUAAACAAAGUUUUUGUAAACAUAAACCUUGUAUCUAUGUGUUUGACCACAAAUACUACAUGAAAUAUGGUCUGUGCUAUCUGAUCUUUAAGAAAAGCCACGUGCAAAAUCGGAAAAAAAAGUUUGUAUUUUUCAGGAUGGGAACACGUUUUCUCUGGAGAAGUUCGCAGCGGUGAUGUAGAUGGUCAACACGAUUGGGUUAGAUAUUAUCUCCAACAAAAAGCUGAUAAAAUGGUUUAUGAAGGAUAUUACGAUCAUUUCGACAACAUUAUCGGAACAUUCCAAUAUACCUGGAUGGGAAAUUUGAAACCAAAGGGUGGAUUCUUCACUGGAUCUUCACCAGCAUUCGAUUUCUCAAUCUUGUCAGUUUGUGCUUUGGUGCAUGGAAAUGGAGGAAACUGCCAUUUUAAUGUUGAAGGACACGCUAUCACAGUUACAUCAUAUACUCAACAAUGUGGAGAUGGAUCUGGAACUUGUCUCUCAACUGCUUAUCCUUCUGGAUAA